UCUAGUACGAGAUAGCUACGAUAUGGACAAAGCUCGUGUGCGCAACUAGGUUAGGUCUUCUUGUGAGAACUUUCAUUGCAGAGAAAAUGGCGUCUCUCGCGGGAAUUCGUCUUUUGAUGAGAAAUACCGGUACUAUUAGAAAUUCAAUCAAUCGAUCAUGUUUACGAGGUACCAUUACACAACUUUAUUUAAACGAAAGAUUUUUUCACUGUAAAAGACAAAGUGCCAUCAUUGUUGUACCGCAGGGCACACGAGUCAAGCAGGUACGACAUUACAGUGAAAAACAACCUCUAUCAAUUGAUGCUGUUCAGGAACGAGUAUUCUUAGUACUCAGACUCUAUGAUAAAAUUGUUCCUGAAAAGUUAAAACUGGAGUCUCAUUUUAUGGAAGAUUUGGGUUUGGACUCCUUGGAUCACAUAGAAGUUAUAAUGGCAAUAGAAGAUGAAUUUGGUUUUGAAAUACCAGAUAUGGAUGCAGAGAAACUUUUACGACCCGCGGACAUAGUACGUUAUGUUUGCGAUAAAGAAGAUGUCUAUGAAUAAAUAUUCACAUAAUAUAUGUCAUUUCAUUAGUCAAGCUUUUUUU